AUGUGCGAAGGAGACAUUCCUCGGCUCGUUCGGCUGAGUCCAGGAGGAAACGCAGAACGAUAAUACAACACCAUAUUUUACCAUUGGCAUACUCUUUUGUGAAUUGAAACAGGGAGUGUGGAAAGUUGUCAGUUAAUUAUACAGGAUAGACUGCCAGAGACAAGCCAUACAGCAAACUAGUCACCAUGAGUGAAGAUAUUAGGUAUAUCGUUGGAGAGCUCAACAAAGAGCCUUAUAAUCGCAACUAUAACCUCAUCAGCUUCGAUUCUCUUCAGGCAGAACAGCUGAUACAAGUCCUCAAUGAUGUGUUUGCGGAAAUUGAUUCCAAAAACCGUCUUGACAUUCGGGAGGAGGAGCCAGAACAAAUGGCCAUCAGAAUGCUGGGGAUGCUUCGUAUUUUGAAGUAUAAACCUCCGGAUGACAACAUGAGCAAUUUCCGUCAAGGACUAGUGUCAGGAAACAAACAUGUUAUCUACCCAAUUUUGCACUGGCUUCUUCAGCGAAUGGACGAGCUGAAGAAACGAGCAUAUCUGGCAAAAUAUCUGGUUAAGCUUGAUAUUCCUGCUGAGAUACUUGGUGAUGCUGAUAUUGCUGAUAUUCAUAUUAAGUAUGAAGAUCUUAUUGAGCAAUUCAAGACCAUCCAUCGUGAAUAUGAAGGGCUCAGAAACAGUGGCUUUUCCACACAUGAACUUCGACGAGACAUCUCAGCAAUGGAAGAGGAAAAAGAUCUUGUCAUGCGAAGGAUUGAGAGAAUGAAGCAGAGGGUUGAAGGAACUCCAAACAGUGAAGACAUGCUGCAGUCAGCGAGGUCACUGCGUAAAGAAAGGGAAAAGCAAAAGGAGAUGGCUCAGCAAGGUGUAGACCUCAAAGAUUCUACCCAGCUUUUAGAACAAAGGAUCUUACGACUUCAGAAUCAGUUGAAGGAUAUUAGGAAGGCUGGGAUGGGGACUACCCCAGAAGGUUUGCUGCAGAGGCUAGAAGAAGAUGUAAAUGUAAAUAGCUACAUAGUGAAUGACAAACUGCCCAAAGAAGUUGCUGCAAAACAGAGAAUUGUUUCUACACUUCAGAGGGUCACGGCACAGCCAGCAAUGGGUCAAUCGGAGCUGGAUGCUGUGAAUAAGCAGAUACGUCUAUUAACAUCAGAGAUUAAUAACUUGAAUGAAGCUCGAAUGAAGGAGGUUGAAGAAGAUGACAGCCCUGAGAGCAAGGUUGGAAAACUGUCAUUCUUCCGACAAAAUGCAGCAAUUAUCGGACGGAAAAAGGAGCAAACAGCAGAACGAAUGAAUGAGUUGCGAAAUGAACUGGGAAAUAUGCAGGAAGACAUGAGGGACAAACAGGACCAGCUUAAGCAAUACUCAGGUGAACAGGUUCUCCGAGGAGACGAAUUCAAACGAUAUGUAAAUAAGUUACGUGGGAAAAGCUCAGUAUAUAAGAUGAAAAGAGCAGAACUAAGUGAACUGAGAGCUGAAUUUGGUGUCCUGAGCAGGACAGAGGAAAUAUUGAAAGCCAAGGAUGCACAAAUAAUGGAGCAACUUAGUGCUAUGGAAGCACGCAUGGGAGUAACAGGCUUCCACGAGACCCAAGAGAACUUAGAAAAGGUGUCUUCUGUCAAAGCAGAAGUUGAUAGCCGUAAAGGGAAGACUCUCGAGGAAAUGUCUGCAAUGGUGAUGGAACUGAACCAUAAGAUUGCAGAAAGAAAGGGCCGCUUAGCUCCAAUUAUCAAAGAACUGAGACCACUGAGGCAAAAAGCUCAAGACCUUACUGUGCAAUAUAAUGAAAAAAAGCACACCUUUGACUCAGUGGCUGCUGGGUUGGAUAGCAAUAUAGGAAAAUUGGAGCAGGAAGUCAAGACCCUACAGGAUGAAAUCAUAACAUCGCAGACUAAAUACCAUGUGUUAUUGGCUGAACGUGAUAUCCUAGCAUAUAAACAGCAACAAGCUAGUGAUGAGAUAAAAUUAUACUUGUCAAAUGAUCCUCAGGACAAGAAAAAAUCACUCAGAGAACAGUUGAUGGGGCAUAUUAACGAACAAGAGAAGCUUGGACGUACACUGAGGGAAGAGCAGAAAGCAGUAAAAGAUUUAGUUCAGAAUUCUGCUAAGCAGCUUGCAAUGUGGCAGGAUGUUAUACAGCUAAUGGAGGUGAAGAAGAACUGUUUGGAACUUGCAAGAAAUAGUUCAAAUGUUACUAGAAAUAGUGGUGGUGAAGCUUUGGUGCUGUAAAUUUUCCUGUUUAGCUUGUUUACUGUUGGCUUACAUGAAGCUGAAGUUUAUCCCUUGUGUUUAGAUACAGAGUACAACCAGAAACAGUAGUUCAUUUUCACUUGACUUCACCUCAUAGUAGUAUUUUCAGAUUUUUGCUGUGCCUUUACACAUUUCACACUAAAAGAAAUAUUAUUGGAUUGAACAUUAUUAAUGUACUAUUUUUGCAUAUUGACAGGUUUUGAAUGUCUAAGAAAUAGUUGAUUUAAAGCGCCUUAUAAAUAGAAGCUACUAAAACCCAUGAAGACAGUGAAAAACAUGUUCUCAGUUUGUUAGUAACUGUAGAGAUACAAAGGAAAUACCGAGUCAAAUUAAAAGUUAUAUAACUUGAAUGUUAUGUCAAACAUUGGAGGAAUGUUAGAGGCAAAUCUUAACAAUGCACAUCUGUUAAAACAUCUUUAGCUUAUCUUUGUAAACUUUGCACACUGGCAUUAAUGUUAUGAAUGUUAUUUCAAAUUCUUGGAUAUAUAAUGCAAAAAUAUAUAUUCUUUUAAAUAGGACAAGGCUUUAAAAGAUUAACAGUUUGUAGUAUAUCUGAAACCAGAACUUUUAGUGUGACCUUCAUAAAGGGAGAAUAUUUAUUCAUCAUAUAUUAACUUACUUUUUACGACGGAUUGCACUAAUGUACAUUUUUUUAACCAGAGCCUCUAGAGAUAGUACAGAUUGUUCUGGGUCCAUUUUCAUAUUUGUUAUAAUACUUUUUAGGAUCUAAAUUCAAAGAUGUUUCAGCAGUUUUAAAGUCAAAGUACUGGUGUUACUUCCCAGCUCUGUAAACAAAUAAAGCAUAUCUGAAACAGUUUGUGUUAAAGAAUCCUUCAAAGAAUUGUUGAUUUUCAUGUCAAAAGAAAAUAUAUACUUAUGUUUAAUAGAGGUCUCUGAUUGUUUAUUCUUUGACUGAUAUUAUUCCACUACAUUACUAUAUAUUGUAAAAAGAUUGUAAAACACCAUAAUAUAUCAAUUAAUAUCAUAUUAUAAUGAAAAUAAAAGUAUGACUCACUUA